AUGUUAAGUUUAUCAUCAUUCUUAUUCAUUUAUUUGUUUUGUAAAAUCGAGUUUUUGUUGGAAGCCUUUAUGGUAUGCAAAUGCAUUUUACCUGAGAUUCAUUGAGCACUUUCAGUGAGAUGUGACAUAUUUUGCUAAGUUUAUAUAAGUCUGUUCAAUACAAAAACUCGUUGAAUAAUUGGAUCGCAUUUUAUCUGAAUGGUUAAAUAAAAGUUCUAUCAAAAUGUAGCCACACAAAGACCGCAUGUACACAGUCAAACUCACAUCCCAGGGUUCCCAAAGUUUGGUUUCAAAUUUGUGUUAGUGACAGGUACGCUUAUCUGCUUCAUGAUCUAGCAGCGAGAUCACAAUGUUUCUGUAAUUUUUGCGAUUAGAAAACGCUACAUUUGUCACACUUCUGGAUUAUCAUUCUCUCUGUGUUAUUCAUUUCAAAAACUUGUUUUUCUGGUGAGAUUGCAACAUGGUUCAAGUUCUACAGGUCAUAUGUCAGUGUAGGGUAUCAAUGAAUUUAUCUGCCUUUUAAUUUAUCUAUGCUUAUAUCAUUUUAAUGCAACUUCAGGUGGGGUCAAACUCGAAAAUCAGGCAUGACUGUCUUGGGAAAAGUUCCGAAACCUAUUAACUUGCCUAGCCAGAGGUAACUAGCUCUCUCAGGAUUAUACUGCCAUUAUGCUUUAACUGGGUCAUUUGAACUUAUGUUUCAUUAAGAAGUUCAUAUUCUGGCUUUUGAAGGUUGGAGAAUCAUGGCCUAGACCCAAAUGUGGAAAUAGUCCCCAAGUAAGUAUAGUGUAAUAUUAUUCUAUUCCCUCUUUCGAAGAGCUUUUUACUUUCUCGCUCUGUUCUAUUUGAUAUUUGUUGAAGUGACUGUAUGGCAUAACUUGUGUUGUUCUAUUAGGGGCACGCUUACUUGGGGUAGUCGCGCUUCAUUGGCUGGCCCAAAUGCAUGGGGCUCUUCAUCUUUGUCAUCUCCAAAUACAGAUGGAAGUACUAGCUCUCCAAACGGUCUUAGUGGUCGUCCAUCAUCUGGUGGAAGUUAUACCAGACCUUCAACCGCUACUAGUGAUAGAUCCCAUCAGGCUGUCUCCGGUGCUUGGAGUUCAAAUUCACGACCAUCUUCGGCUUCCGGCAUAUUGCCAUCAGAUCAGGCACCAGUUGUAGCCACACGUCCCCGAAGUGCUGAAACUCGUCAUGGUAGUUCCCAGCGCUCAUGUUUUGGAGAAUCUGUUCCAGAAGGUUCUGCAUGGGGGCCCUCAAGAAUCCCUGAGAAAUUGGUACUGUUUUCGUAUUCAAGUUCGACUGUUGUAUCAUAAUUCUUUCCCUAUUGAAUUAGGCUGUCAUCCAAAACUGUAUUGCAUCUGAUUUGAAAUAUUUCCUUAGCUGUAUGGAUUCGUUAUACUGAUCCAUCUCCUUGGUUAUCAUCAUUUUUUCCAUUGUAGGUAACUGCAUCGAAGCUCAACACCUUUAAUUUGAGUUCUGGGGAUUUUCCAACGCUGGGCUCUGAGAAGACUUCGAAGUCAAAUGUGCCACAGGAAGGUACACAUAUUUAUCUGUUCUUUGACACUAGUUUCAUGAAAGCUUUUUUGUCAAUUCAAAGCUUGUGUUGAGUCGCUUAAAUCGUUACUUUGUCUGCAGGAUGAUGUGUAUUGAUGAACUUAUCAGCUUUUUUCCUAUUGCUAGAGCGUGCAUUUUCUAAAUUUCUUUAGUUUUUUGAAAAAGAAUUAAGUCUGCGGAAAAUUUUAUAUGAUUUAUCUACGUUAAUGUAUGCAAACUCUUACUCUUUUUCAUUGUAAUGUAAAAAUGUUACAUGCGGCCUGUUUUAUAUGGCAUGUGAUUUACCUAUCACAUGAGAUUUGCUUUUUCUUUCGUUCUUGAAAUCUCUUUCUGGGAUAGAGAAAUAAGGAUAUGUUAUGCACACAAAAUUUCAUGCGGAUUUGCUCUUCAUCCGUGAUGACUAGCUUGAUUCAAAUUACAUUGUACAGAAAAUUUAUGAUCUUUCAGAUUGUCCCCUCCCCCCUCCCCAACAAUAAGAAGAAAAAAUAAAAAUGUGGAGCACCUUUAUUGUAUAUUCUGCAAUAAAAGGACGUUGUCCAAAAAAGUAUUACCAAAACGAAAUUCGUUUGAUUUCAGAUUUGCCAUCGAAUUUUCGUGGUAAAGAUUUUUAUUUAUUCAAAAUGAAACGUACGUGACAUUUAUGGAAAUUUACAGGACAUUCAAUGGUACACAUCCAAUAGGGAAAGCAUCUGUGUGGUAUUGGGAAACACUGGGUAGGGCCAUGAUAACAUUGCGUGGUUCAUUCCGUACUGUCAGAAACACCCCAUAAAUAUUCUCCACGUAAUGAUUAACCUGUUUGAAAGACCACUCAACAUUUCUGAGAAAUAUGUCGUUAUUAAAUUUUAGGGGGUCAUCUUAUGGAAACCAAUUGAAAAUGAAUAAAGUCAAGCCCAUCUACUAUAUAUAAUCACAGGCUUGUUUUUCUACUGCGGUGGCAGGUCUUUGGGGUUACUUUGUCUUUGUUGAAUGCCUUAUCUUUUAUUUCAUGAUUCUUCUCUUAUUUAGCAAGCAUUCUAUGCUGCAGGUGAUAGUUCUCAAGGGCGCCCUGCUUCUGCUUCCGGAAGAGUUACUGCAGAAAAGGAAACAGUCGAGUUCCUGCCUGUCGGUAGGUAUUAUUUGACUGUGUUCAUUUACCGUAGCUUUGUUUAGCAAUACAGCCACACGUCAUGGGGCUAUUGGGUGACAUCAAUAUGCUCCCACAUAUUGAUGUAAUAAGCCAAUUGAUGAAAUCUUUCGUUUCCUUUAUUCUCUUUAAUGUUAUAUCUCUUUGAUUUCCAGGUAAUGAGAUUUUGAGCAAGGGCAAUGUGAAUGCGUGGAGAAAUGAUAAUUCUCCUCAUGUGGGUGGUGGUACACCGCAGAACAGUGACAAUUGGAAAAGAGAUCAGCAACAGAUGCAGCCAUAUCAAAAUACGAAUAGUCUGCCUCCGUACCAGUUUGAUUCUUGGCAUGGGACACCAAUGGCAAAUUCUCCCGAUGGAAUUUGGUAUAGAGGCCCCCCUCCAGGUGGGAUGUUUAGACCAGGCGGGCCUGGCAGUUAUCCAGUUGAUCCGUAUGCUUUCUACCCACAGCUACCGAUGAGGCCGUUGUCCAACCCACAGGCUGGUCCUGGACAUGGAAAUGUGAUGGCUUCUUAUGGGCCUAUGAAUGGGCCGCCCUAUCAUCCUCACCCACCUGAUUCGCACAUGGCAAUGCACCGCCCUCUCAGCCCUAGGAGGCCAGACGUUUAUCCUGGUCGUGCACAUAAUGACAGCCACUAUAGCCCUCCAAGCUUUAGCAAUGUCAGUGAACGGGAUGGACCUGUGUUAGGAAUGGCUCCUCUUCAAUCAACGCUCUACAACCAACACCCAGGUCAAAAGUCAAAGGGGGACAUCGGAGACCUCCAUGAAGCGCCUUUUUAUAAUGCUCCUCCAAGGGCUGGUAAAGAAGUUGACGACGGUCAUCCUCAUGACAGUCACAGACCACGGUUCAAGGUUCUAUUAAAACAGCAUGAUAGAUGGAAAGACAAUGAUUCAGUAGAGAAGAAAGAUCAGUCUGUAACAUCAGGUGCGUCACAGUUAGAAAUAAAGGAUCAUUCACUAGCUCCUGAACCAGCUCUUCAAGAAGGUGAUAAGGAUGAGACUGCUAAGAUGGCACCUGGAGUUGCUCAUCAGUCUGACAAGGAAUCCAGAAUUCAUCCGUCGAUUCCGGCUAUUCAAAAUAAGAUCGUCCCUUCGAUUAAAUCUGAAACAGUUGCUGAUCGUCACGCGAAUGCUUCUGGUCAAGGAGAAGAUCCAAAGAGAUGGCCUGUUAAGAAGAGUUCCGCUUUGAUUGAAAAGAUUGAGAGUUUGAAUAAUAAAGCUCGAGUUGUGGAUGGUCGGUCUGCAGUCCCUGGUGCUGUCAAGGAGGAUAGAGAAAAGCCUUUUAAGAACGUAAACAACAAGGCAGAUACGACUCAAGUGACUGAUACGGUUCCUGCUGUGCCUGAGAAAUCUUCUACUGAUCCUGUUUUGGAAAAUUUAGUGAGUGUGGGUGAUGCAAUUCCGGCACCACCUGCUUGUGUUAAAGCACGAUCAGGGGCAUCUGAAGUGCAUGCUCCUUCGGCCAGUCUGUUGGGUCCUGUAGUUGGAUCAACUGCUCAUUCACAGGUUCACCGAAAGUCUCACAACCAACAGAAUAGAAUGGAUCACCAUUCAAAAUCGAGGUUCAAUGGCAAGAAUGGUGAAGAAUGGAAGAACAAAUCUCCUGGAUCCUCAGUGAUAGAUAAUACAGAGAACUCUCCAGAGGCAAGGGUAGAAGAUCACCGGCCUUGUCAGGAUGUAACGGAGAAGAAAGAGUUGCAUGACACGAAAAUAAACGAGAAGGCAUUUAUUGUGUCGUCAAUGGAUUCGGUUGAUCUUAAAGCUCAGGUGUGAGAUGCAGAUUUUUUAUUAGGUUUUUGAUUCAUUGUUAUGAAAGCUUUUACUUAUUCUAAUAAGCAUGCUCGUGUUCAUACUGACAGUUUGAGUUUAUGGAAUCUCCAUUGCUGAAUAACUCACGUAGGGAAUGUCAUGCUUUAUAUUUCCUUCAUUUCCGGUGUUCCUUGAUUUACGUAGGGGAGAGAGAGAGAGAGAGAGAGAGAGAGAGAGAGAGAUUGUCCUUAGUUCCCUGAUUUCCAGUGUUGCCUUUGGCCUCAAUGAUUUUGAUGGUGGAAGAGUUGAUAAACACAUACGUUUAGUGGUUAUAGAUUUAAUUUACUUUCGUAGGAUAACGGUGCUGUUUCAAUAUUUUUAAUUUCCUGCAGCUUCUUCUGGAAUAAAUGUUUAAUUUUCCUUGUUUUCUUGGGCUUAUUUUCUAGCUUGUGUUUAAUAUUUUAUUAGACAACUCUACUAAUGCCCGAAUGCUUCUGCCAGCACGCUAGAAUGAAGGAGAUUGCCAGACAACGUGCAAAGCAACUGCAGAAGGAGGAGGAAGAGCGAAUAAGAGAGCAGAAGGCUAGGGCGCUAGCGAAGCUGGAAGAAUUAAACAGGAGGACUGCAGCAGAAAGCUCCAAUCAGCCACUACAUCAUGCUCCUUCCACUGAAACCCAGCCUCACCAGGACAUGACUAAAUGCCCCGAUUCUAAGCACAGCACUGCUGAUGACAAGGCCCCAGUCCGUCUCUCUGAUCCAGCUAAUGCUGCGGUGCCGCCAAAGACCCAUCAUAAAGUGAAGACACUUGGAUCGCCAAAGGAGGGCGUCGUCGUUGUACCCGAGGAACCUGUGGAUUCAUCUUCCCAGACUGUCUCUCAGUCGGUCACUCGUGACAACCCACCUGCGUCUGAGGUGCCAGCUGCUGUUGAGGCUCAAAGCGAUCCCCAGUUCCAGCAUAACGGCCCCUCGAAGCAGAAACAGACGCUCCAGAGGAGGCGGCACCACAAUCUGGAAGAAAAGCACGUAUCUGAGAAGGAUAUCUCCGAUGGCGUCUUGGUCGGUUCCAUCGUCGUGAGUUCGAAGCAUCUCACUGAAUCUGCCAUUCCUGGUGGUUCGACCGGUGUGGAGGCGCCAGCUGCGGAGAAAGACGUGGAUGAAUCUUUAACCCACCACAAGAAGAGGAACAGUAGAAUCAUGAGGAAUAGAAGCAAGCCAGAGGAGGCUCCUUCAAGCAUCGUCUCAAAACCGUCGCAGAAGGCCCCCGAGAAGGGUCCAGCUGUUGAGGAAGGUAGACCCAAGCCCUCGGAAGCACCAGCUAAGGAUGGUGCGGUUCAGCAGGAAGGCCCUGAUGGUGCUGCAGUCAGGGUUCAAAAGUCUGCGGGAGCGCUGCCGACUGCGCCCCCCAACCAGGUCUUUUCCCGAGCGACAGAAGAAGCCCCUCCUAAGUCAACGCUGCAGUGGAAGCCUCAGCAUCCGAGGAAAAUCACGAGGAACCCACAGGCAGCGAGACCGGCAGAUAAGUUCCACGGAGCCGAGGCAGUCGUCUGGGCGCCAGUGAAGUCAACGGGCAAGAAAGAGCUGGCCGAGGAAGCGCAGAUUGUGGCUGACGAAGCGAUCUCCGACCCUUCUGCUAAAAGCAGCAGCGACGUGGAGCACAACCUGAAGUUCAAGAGGGCAGAGAUGGAGAGGUACGUUCCCAAGCCCAUAGCCCAAGAACUCCUCUCUCAGCAGAUGCCGGCCACCUCUCAUCAUCAGCCAGCACCAUCUGCUCCAAAAGCUCCAAUCAGCUCGCAGGGAGCUGCAAGCAGUGGAACGGGUCAUUCAGCGAAUCUAAAAGCGGAACCUAGUGGAGAUACUACGGGCAGGGAGAGCACCAAACCCAGCAAGAACAGUAAAGCGCACGCAUCAUGGCGCCGACGGGUCCCGCCGGAGCUUCCCUCUCCCUUGUUAGGCUCCUCCCUCAAAAGCUCAUCCUUCUCCAACUCCAAGAACAAUGCCGAGGAGGAACAGGGUGAUCCGCAGAAAGAGCAAGCGAAAUCUUCGGAUGAUGGCUGGAAGGUGGAUCGUCACCAAGUGGUGGUACAGAGUGAGCCCGUGACUGCUGCAGCUGGUGUAGAGAAGGAUUCUGCGAGGUUGGGCAGAGGAAGGAGGCCACCGUUCCGUGGUCACAAGGUCGUCGCCAGUGGCGGUGGGACCAGAGAGAAUUGGGAGCCCGCUUCCCAUGGGAGGACUGACAGGGCUGUGGGGCAGCUGAUAACCAUAGAAUCAGAUGAAACUUCUGGGAGGAGGGUCGUCAGACAUGAGAGCGACCACCCGAGGUCUCACUGGCAGCUGAAGUCACAGCACAAUUCCUCGUCUGACCCGGAAACCAGGGGUGGAGGUGGAGCGCAGAAAGUCUUCUCCCAAGUCAACGGACCCGACAGUGAAUCCUCCCUGCCUGGAGGGAGCAGCCAUCCUCAACCACCCGUCGAGAAUAAGAUCUCCCCAGCAGCAGCAAUCCCUGUUUCUGCAGAAGCAAGAACUGCGAGAAGGCAUGCAGAGAGAAGAGAGAGGAGGGCCGGAGAAGAGCCCUCCCCGAGGGCCUCAUCGGCAGCAGCAGCAGCCGCCACAGGCCUAGCGCCAGUGGACCCAGAGGCCAAGCAUGAACCCGUUUCGUCGGUACCCCAUCGCCGUGGGCAGCAGCAGCAGAAAGGCUGGGCCGCCACCACCGCCCAGCACGAGGCCGGCACCGAGCAAGAGGGCGGCGGCAAGCACAGCCGUUCUGUGAAUGCCGACAGGCGCAAGCUAUAUCUGCGAUCUGGGUACAGUAAACAGGAGUCGUCAUCCCAGCACAGUAGUAGCUCCGGCAGUGUCCCGGAAUCCGGCGCCAGGGCAGCAGGGAAGUACAGGGAACGGGCCGCCCACCAUCAUAGUCAACCGAGGCAUCAUGUUGCCCACCUGCAAAUCCCGAUCAGCGGGCAACCGCAGUGA